CUUCGCUGUCUGAAUCACAAAUCACAAAUGCCUGCCCUGCUGCCAUGCACUGCGAUUCUGCGAUUCUGCAGUGCUAGUUUUGAACGGUAAACUACUAAACCGCUUCUUGACCCCAGCCCUUCUUGUUCCGCCACGCGACUUUGUUUUUCUCCUUCGGGUGGCAGGAUCAGUCUGCGGGUAUUCCGUUGCUUAUAGCAAGUCGUUCUAGACUUCCAGUUUUCCUCCUUCGAGCGUUCCGUUUCAUCAGGCGUCGCUGCGGCCUCAUUCAUCAAGCUGCUGUUUCUCUGCUCAAGGGGUCGAUCUUUCUUCCCGGUUCAAGCUUAUCAUCAAAUCGCAUAGGUAGCUGACUCUCAGCAAGACACCGCCGGUUCGGGCAGUCAUGGCCUUCCAGACCAACGUCUUCCGUGGAGGCGAGUGGGUGACGGAGACGGUCGACUUGCAGACCUUCCUGAAAUCGCAGGCUGCCAGCAAAGGCCCAGCGAAGGAACCCCUGCUGAAGCCUCCACGUUGCGGACUGCUUACAAGGACCGUUGUUGAGAGUCCCGUCAUCAACUCGAUACUGCCUGUCAGGCUUCGAUCCCCGCAAAACAACGACGUUGCUUUUGUGGGAGACCAUUAUAUUCAGAUCUGCGAGCUGUGCAAAGACGGGCGCCUCAAGGAGAUUGCCAGAAAGAAUGAUUUCAGAUCUCGCAUUCGCAACGCCUGUGUGGUCGGUUCCGCCGUCAUCCCGGAGCUCAAGCGGGGGGCUGGCAACCCGGAGACUUCUUCAUUGGGUGUCAUUAAAACCGAGGACGGCGAACCUGGGUUGCUCGAUCUUCCGUCACAGAGUCCGCCCGUCUCAAGCAACAAGCUACCGCCCCAAUCGCUGAUGGUAGUCUUGGAAGGCGGAGACAGUGUCUUUUUGUUCAUCCGGCCUGGGCCCCAGGGUGAGCCUGAAUUCGUUGCUUCGCGUUUCGAGAACCCCCGGCUCAGCCGGGCAGGGCCGCUAGGAUUCAACUUAGCCAUCGACCCGAGUUCACGCUACAUGGUGCUCUCGCCCGCCGCCGACUACUUUGUCAUUUACGAGCUGGAGUCCCAUCAGCGAUUAAACCACGCAUACGCCAGUAACGAACCCCUGAAUCCAGUCAUAUCGUUCCGCGUUCGUAGUGUACAGGGCGUGGUACACAAGGUUGCUUUUCUCCAUCCGCGGCCGGGAGAUGACCAUCACAUCAUCCUGUUGCUCGUCAUUGUCAAGAAUCGCAAAUCGAGGAUGGUGGUAUAUGACUGGAUGCUGGGGGACGACCUGAGGUCCGUUUUCGCCGAGGAAAAGAGAGGCCAUCGAAUGCCAGCCGAGAAUCAGAUGUUAUUGCUGCUGAUCCCCCUCACGAUUGAAUCGGCCUUCAUUGCCAUAUCACCUCAACAGGCUGCCGUGUGUACCGAGUGCCUGCAUGGGCCGCCCAAGUUCGCGGCAAUCCCGGUUGAUACACUACCCCCAACCGAGCAGCAUCGGGGCCUGGGCCCUCCCGCUUGGACUUCCUGGGCGAGGCCUUUUCGGGUAAAAGAUUACAGAAUGAAUCGCGAUUGCAUAUACCUUGCUCGGGAAGAUGGUGUGGUCCUAUUCGUCGAGCUAGACCCAGAUUGCACCAUCGACCGGAGCACCCUGAUGGAUAGGUUUCCUUGCAGCAUAUCGAGUGCCUUUGGCUGUCUCGUUGCCUGUCUCUCUGAUCAGUGUUCAGACGUGCUCAUGCUUGGCAGCGAUUCGGGACCAGGAGGCUUUUGGAAUAUUGCUGCCCUGCAGCGCCCUGAGAAGCUCGGGGUCUUGCCGAACUGGUCUUCAGUUGUCGAUUUUGCAACCACGGACGAAUUCUCCGCAUGGCGCCAGGAAGUUCAAGAAGAAAAGAACAUGGUGCCAUGGCAGCAGAGCAAACCACGGAGACCCGACCGGAUUUUUGCAACCUGUCAAGGGGGUGUAAAGGGCUCCAUCACAGAGUAUAGGUACGGGCUGAGAGCCAAUAUUGGCCUCGAUAUCGAGUACGGAGCCGGCAUGAAACGCGCCUGGCUACUCUCCUCGCACAACCCGAGCUUGGCCCACGGUUAUCUGCUGUUACUGUCCAUGCCCGACAGCUCAACCAUUCUACAUCUGUCCCCUGACUUCUCUAGCGCCAAUGAACCAGACGCAGACACAAUUCCCUACGACUUGUCAUCCACAACACUAGCAGUAGCGUGCAGCGAGCGCCUGUCCGUGCAGAUCACCGAACAAAAUGUAGUAUUAGUGGCCCAAGAUCAGAGUGCCCGGUUCUCACGCCAGGAAUUGCAAAAUCUUGCGAAGGCCUCAGUCCCUGAUGCACGUAUCCUUGAUGGUUGCAUUCUUGGGGAAUGGAUUGCUGUCUCAGCACAUAUGGAGGCUCUUUUUCAGAUCCAGAUUUUCAAGGCUGACGCAUCCAACCUCACACUUGCCCACAUCCAGACGAUUGAUGUGGGCGGUGAGGUUACGUGCCUCUCACUUGGCAAUGAUUUAACGAUUCUGGCAGGCAUCCGGACAGAAUCUCAAACAUUCCUGGGCCGUGCUUCAUUGCGCCAGGGCGGCGAUCGUCUCCAGAUGAUCAACCUGACAGAGUACUUCUCGGGAAUGGAAGGGAGUCUUGGGCACGCCGCUCCGGCCUUGGCUGAGAGUAUCGCAAGCAUCGUUUCGGUCCGAGACACCAUCCUCCUGGGCAGUCGCAGCGGGGAGGUGAUAGCCGUGAGAGAGGCUGCCGGUGCCCUGUCGAUCAGCUGCGAAAGGUUCGGCAUGGCUACAGCGAGUCUCAGUUGCAGCUAUGGCGCUGGUGCAACCGACCCUACCAUACUAGUCUGUUGCGAUAACAGCCUUGUCUCGGUCGCUGUCGACCAACGUGGCAGCCGCCGUGAUGUUGUUCCGCUGAAGACAAAGUGCCGCGUCUGGCCCGUGGAUGUCAGCAGGCCCGACGCCAUGCCGCCGCCGGUGCAUUUUGCCACGGCUGUGGACAUGCCGUCCGAAGAUGGAAUUACCCCAAUCCUUAUGAUAUCCGGCUCGAGAUUACUGCUCGCGGAGCUGCAACAGAAACCGGGUCCGGUCCAUCGAAGCAUCCCUGUGGAUGGGGUGCCCAACAGAGUUAUAUAUUCCAAAUCUUUACAGUGUCUAAUUGUCGCCGUGGUCAGGAACAACAAGCCGACCUUGUUGUUUAUGAAUCCAGAUACCGGAGAAGAUAUAGGAGUGCCGACGGACAAAAAUGGGGCCACAGUCGAGUAUAUUCUUGGCUUGGGAAAGGAAAAGGACAGGAUCACAGGGUUGGCGGAAUGGAAGUACAGAAGGGACGGCAACGUUUGGAAUUUCCUCCUUGUCUCCACUAAGGGCGGCCGUUUUAUGGUCGUGUCGACGCAAAAGGGGGCGCCACGAGGAGGUGGACUUCUGUCCAUCCGGUACUGGACGAGAUUCAAGGAGGAUGUGGCUGCAAAGCCAAUCUACUCAAUUGCUGGCUACGAACAGGGCUUGGUCUAUUGCGCCGGCGACACGAUCCGGUGGGAAAUGCUCGACGUCGAGCAGCGGACGUUCACCGUUUACAAAACCCUCAGGCUAAACUCGCCAGCCACCAGCUUGCGGAUUUCUAACGGCAAGCUUGUGGCUCUGACAAGCAGCGAGUCUCUCGUCGUCAUCGACUACGCCGAAGGCAACACGGAGAAUGCCCGACUGUGCCACGAGGACCCUUGGAGAAGAAAGGGGAUCCACUUCAUUGAGGUUGCCGGCCCUCAGCCCGAUGAACCGCGAGGCGGGAUUUUCCUCGUUGCUGACAGAGAAUGCGGAAUUGGGGCGCUUUGGGCGCCAUGGCAGACCCCUGAGAAGGAAUUCGAAGUGGUCAUGGAGGCAGAGCUCGCGGCGCCCAUCCGGAGGUUCCGACGAGGGAGGACACGGCCACUGUGGGAGCAACGGCAGGGAAGCCCCAAGUACGGUCGCCUGGUGGCCACGGUGGAUGAUGCCGAGAUACUAGGCGUGUCUCUGAACGGGGCGCUGCACCACUUUACGCUGCUCAGCAUAGACGCCUGGCAGCUCCUGCGCUUCAUCCAGAACAUUGCGCUGGCCAGCGGCGAAUUGUUCCCUUACAGACGAUUGCGCCGCCAUCGGCCGAUGGACGACGUCGAGCCGCGGAUGGACGGCGGACUCGAGAUGCAGGUUGACGGCGACAUACUACAACAAUGCCUGGAGAAGAGGGCUUUGGAGCAGUUGAUGGCCAGGCCAGAGCAUAUGUCUCGGUUUAUGGUGCUGUUGCAACAGCUCGAUGAGGGACGGCAUACGGCAGGGCUAGCUCCUGAAGACUACGCAGGCCAUUUCCAGCUUGCAUACGAUAUUCUGGAGUAUUAUUUACUACCAGUUUUGUGAAGGGGGCAGCAAUAGGGGGCUGGGCUGUUAUUUGGGGCGCCGAAUGUCGGUAUAUAGUGGAGUUGCGAUGAGGUGCGACUUAGCUGAUUACUCUACAGUCUACACCUGUCACCUGUAUGACACCUCAGUUGUCUGUAUGUAUGUACGCGAGGUACGAUGACUGGGCAAUUUGGCCCUCCGCUCCCGCUGCUGGCCAUGAAGAUGCACAAGAUCUCAUGAAAAUCCAGCCUGUACCUACGAAAUGCACUGCGAUCUUCCGGCACUAGCCACAGGUAUGCCCCUCCCCCGAGCAGACAGAGCGACACUAAGUGAUCAAAUGGAGUAGGUAGAUGAUGGAUGUGCUUAGAUAUUCACUCCCAUAAUGUAUUAGAUCUUGUCUCGAUG